AUGGGCUGCGAUACAAGACGUCAGUACUCCUCCAGUCACCAAUGUUUUUGCAUCCUGCCGUCGCGGGGUCAUUUGCUACAGCCUUUGUAUGGCUGGCCAGCCCUCCAUGCCGUCGUGACCAUUGCAGUGCUGCCUGUUGCUCCUCUCCUCCAUGACAGCCAGCGUCUGUGCCCAAUUGUGCGACCUGGGGGUUUGCGGACCACACACGUUGGCAGACCACCAGCAAAAGUCGUACUGCGGACGAAAACCACAAGGGCAAUCACAAUCCCCAUGACAAUAAACGCGUCAUGA